AACUAAUCAAACUCAACUUCCACUCCCUAACUUAUUCGAAGUCUACAUAUUCUUUUGAAUGAAGAAAGGGAGGGACUUGUUCUUCUUCACCACUUGCAGAACCCUUCACAAAACCCCAAACUCAUCCAACUCCAUCACCGCCACCGCAUUUCACGAAACAAUGCAAUCUUCCGAUCACAAUUCUUCUCAUUCACAACGCUACUCCUUCAAUCCUACCCUUAACUGGAACCCUCAACUUCACAACUACUUCAUCAAUGCUUAUGGCUCCGAUCACUUCUCUCGCAUCUCCUCCGCUUUAACGAGACCUUCGCGAUAUUCGUGUAUUCGAGUAAACACGCUUUGUUCAACGAGUGAUGCUGUUAUUGAGAAGCUAAGAUCGACUGUGAAGGAAAAAUUGAAUGGAAGUGAUUGUGAAGAUGUUGAUGAUGCGGUCAAUCCUUUGAAGGAGGAUUUGGAUUCAGAUUCAAGUUUAUUAUUUAAGUGCAAGAUUCCUGGAUUGGAUUAUGUUGUUUUUGUUUGGGGUUCGGGACCGCAUCAUGUUGAUUAUGGUAAUGUAGCUCCUAAAGAGGUUAUUGUUAGCAGGAAAUGCGCUGAAGCUGUUCUGAGGGGAGCUCAGGUGUAUGUUCCUGGUAUAAUGGCUUGUAGUGCUCAUGUUGAGAAAGGAGAUACAGUCGCUGUCUCGGUUGCGAUAGAGCAGCAGGGUUCAGACGGGGGCUGGAGUUCUGGUAUGACGCGCGGUAUUGUUCUUCAAGGAUCCGAGACAGAUCCAUACUAUCUUGAACGAAAUGGGCUAUAUAUUGGCCAAGGAACUGCGAUGUUGUCAAGGGCUGGAAUGUUUCGGGUUACUGAAGGACUUGGUGUGGAUAUGAAGGAUAGAGUAUACGAACUUCAUUCUUUUCACAAUGUGCUUGAGGGCGAAAUAUUUCUUCAAAACCUGCCAAGCAUUAUUGCUGCUCAUGCAUUAGAUCCACAAAUGGGUGAGCGGAUACUAGAUAUGUGUGCUGCACCAGGAGGGAAAACAACUGCAAUUGCAAUACUUAUGAAGGAUAAAGGAGAGGUCAUUGCAACUGAUAGAUCUCAUAACAAGGUGCUGGAUAUUGAGAAAUUAGCAGCUGAAUUGGGCUUGAGUUGCAUUAAAGCAUUCAAGUUAGAUGCUCUUAAAUCUGUUUCUCAAAGAAAUGAUAUUGAUACAUGCCACAAUAAUGCCACAAAUGAUGUGAAAAAUCAAGUGUCUUCAAAUUUGCAAGUAGAAAGAAUGUCACCUCUUGUUACCGAAAGUUUUAAAACUGAGACUUUGGAGGAAAAUGGUAAAGGUGAAAAGGCACGUGAAGGAGCUUAUCCUAGCAAAGCUGAGAUCAGAAAGAGCAUGAGAAGAGCGCGAAAUGGACCUGGUAGAAAUCAGAGUGGGGGUGGCAGGGUUGAUAUAUCAAAAGGUUUUGAACCUGACAGUUUUGAUAGAGUUCUUCUUGAUGCUCCCUGUUCUGCCCUUGGUUUAAGGCCUCGGUUAUUUGCUGGAGAGGACACAAUUGAAUCUUUAAGAAGCCAUGCAAAAUACCAGAGAAGGAUGUUUGACCAGGCUGUUCAAUUAGUACGACCCGGUGGAGUAAUAGUCUAUUCCACUUGUACGAUAAAUCCUGGCGAGAAUGAAGCAUUAGUUCGAUAUGCUUUGGAUAAGUACAAAUAUCUGUCAUUGGCACCACAGCACCCAAAAAUUGGAGGACCUGGUCUUGUUGGUAGCUGCGAAUUUCCUGAUGGAUAUGCAGAGGAAUGGUUGCGACCUGGUGAGGAAGACCUUGUUCAAAGAUUCGACCCAUCAUCUCCCCUUGAUACUAUUGGAUUCUUCAUUGCUAAGUUUGCUGUCGGGUCUAAAGAUACCUGACAGCUAUUUGCGAGAUGGUUUGCUAGGAUCCAUGUUUGCUUUGUGAAUUUCCGCUGAAGGAAGCCAUCUAAGUUUUAAAAUUGGCUUCUGACUGCGUCUGGGGAGAUUCACAUAGGUCCAUUCAUAAUAUUUUAACGGCCUGUUGUAAAACAAUGACUGGCUGAUUUAUUACAUUGUUACAAUCUGGACGGGCAGCAAAUUUCUUACAUUUGAGGUAAUUUAAUUGUAACUUUGUGUUUUACCAUGGUAGUGAAAAGGAAAAAGAUUGUUGAAAAUAUUUUUGGUUAGACAUGAAUCUGGUUCUAAAAUGUUAGGAUUUUGGUUAAUUUAUUAAUUGUAGCUCCCCCUUUUACUUCUCUA